AUGGAACUCAAAUCUCCAGCUGAGAACAUAAACAAUGUGACAGAGUUUAUCUUUUUCAGCUUCACCCAAAAUGAGGAGCUGGAGAAAAUUUGUUUUGUGGUUUUUCUGUUCUUCUAUUUAGCCAUUGUGCUGGGAAACUCCCUGAUCACAGUCACCAUCAUCUUCAGCUCCCGCUUGAAUUCUCCCAUGUAUUUUUUCCUCAGCUACUUAUCUUUUGUAGACAUCUGCUACUCCUCUGUCACGGCCCCCAAAAUGAUUAUAGACUUCCUUGUAGAAAAGAAAACCAUUUCCUUCAUUGGCUGCAUAGCGCAGCUCUUUGGCGUCCAUUUCUUUGGCUGCACAGAAAUCUUCAUCCUCACAGUGAUGGCGUACGACCGGUACAUUGCAAUCUGUAAACCUCUCCACUAUACCACCAUUAUGACCAAGCGGGUUUGUGGGCAGAUGAUAGCAGCCUCGUGGGUUGGAGGGCUCAUGCAUUCAUUGGUGCAGACCCUUUCCGUCACUCAGGUCACCUUUUGUGGACCCAAUGAAAUUGACCACUAUUUCUGUGAUGUCCACCCUUUACUGAAACUGGCUUGCACAGAUACCUACAUUAUUGGCAUCAUUGUGGUGGCUAAUAGUGGGAUGAUUGCAUUGGGCUGCUUCAUCAUCCUGGUUAUCUCCUACAUUGUCAUCUUGGUCUCCUUGAGGUCUCGCUCUUCCGAAGGGCGUCAGAAGGCUCUGUCUACCUGCGCCUCCCACAUCUUGGUGGUCAUUUUAUUUUUUGGACCAUGCACCUUUAUGUACAUACGCCCUUCCAGUGACUUUGCAGAAGACAAGUCGGUGGCUGUGUUUUACACCGUGAUCACCCCAAUGCUCAACCCAUUGAUCUACACAUUACGAAAUGCGGAGAUGAAGAAUGCCAUGAGAAAACUAUGGAGGAGGAAAGUGACUUCAAGUGAGAAAGCAAAAAUUUGA